AUGGCUUGCAUGCUUGCCGGGGCGGACUUCAUAAAAACAUCCACUGGCAAGGAGUCAACUGUGAAUGCCACACUGCCCGUCACUGCUGUCAUGUGCCGAGCUAUUAGUGAUUUCUAUGACAACUACGGAGUGAAGGUGUGCCCGAUGUCGUGUUUUAUGACCUACUUGUACCUACCGUCUUCUUACCAUGGAAUUCGUACCAGCUUUUGGUUUACUUUCGAGAUACACUGGAUGCCCUCAUUAUUAUUGCAACUAACUUAUGGUGUCCCAUAACCCAAGCCAAUUCAUACUUUCUCCAUAGCCUUGUUAAAAGGUUAAGAACGGUAGGAAAGCGGUGAUAAGAGAGGAAAAAGAUAAGGUGCUUAAUGCAACAUAGGGUCACUGUUAUUCCAGGCUUUUUUACUGGAAAGUUUAGUGUUCUCUACUUCUCCAGUUAGGCGGCGACGUGUACCAUGCAGUCAAAUACUCUGUUUUCUCAUAAGUAUUUACGUUUUAUAGGGCGACAAUCACACAUUCUCCGAACAUAACUUACUUAUUUAAGUCGGUUUGCCCAGUGGUGGGAAGCCUCCUGCACAACCAGGGUGGUUAUGUUCGGCUUUUCACGGACGCCAGCAAACGUUCCGAAUCAGCCGGUCAUCUAAGCAACACCGAAUAUAAAAGCGAUUGACCUUAAUUGCCACAAGUGUCCUUAUCCAGGUUAACGUGUCCGUCGCCAUCGCUGACUUUUUAAUUUAGCGUUACCUACGUAACGAAGAAUGUGUGAUACUUUGCAUGUCAUUGAUAAUCGCUAGACGCGAACAUCUAUGGGGCUGUGGGGCACCAGCUGAAACUGCCAGAAACAACCUCAAUAGCAAGCCAGGUAUUGGUAGCGUAUACCUAACUAUUGAUUGUUCCACAGCUUUAAGACGUCGUCUAUGAUACCGUUAAAUAGGCCACGACGGUGUUACCUUCUCAUCCUUAUAACAUACGAACUUUCAAUUUCUACUCAAACUUACGUGCCUUUUCGCCGUUAUACUUGCUGUGGCAUUUAGAGCACACACUGUUCGUUAGUCGCUUCCUUUCGAACAUUUCUGUCAGCCUGGUCAGAUUCAUACAGAGAAGUUUUGAAAGUUUAAGAUGACAGCAUCCAAGUUCUACUGAGUCUCCGGAAGAGUUGAAUUCAGUCUGACGGAUAUGAAGAAGCUUAUUGUUUCAUAUGUUCGCUUUCUUCCUGCUAUAGGUUGGCUACAAGCCGGCGGGCGGACUAAGGACCUGGAAGGACGCCAUCUCCUUUAUUUCGGUUGUACGCGGCUACCUUGGCAAUGAUUGGUUAAACCGCGAAUACUUCCGGAUCGGUGCUAGCUCUCUGUUAGGCAGCGUCGAAGCACGGUUAUUUACCCUCUUGCACGGCGGUCGGUCGCCCUUAUCUGGCGAGUUGGCUUUCAUGUAG